AUGGCUGACAUGCAUCACGUUGUAGAAAUUAAAUAUGCCGGCUCAAAAGAUAAAGAAACUUUCCAAAAAGCAAACCGCGCUAAAUGUAAAAUUCACAUUCUGCAGGAUUAUUGCAUCUUUUGUCAAACCUGUGACGAGCAUGUUUGCCCAUCAUGUUUGACAAAAUCUCAUCAAAAGCAUGAUUUACAGGAAAUUGAUGAAGUCUAUACCGAGGAUAUCAACAGCUUGAAGAGUUGCCAGACUGAGCUUAAUAACAAGUUUUUAGAUAUUUAUGAAAAACAGAUUUCAAAUAUAGAAACGACGAAGGUCAACAAUAUAGACCAUUUUAAAAUGGUUAAAAGCAAAGUAGAAAAACAAGAAUCAAAGAUGAUAUCUGCUGUAAAUUUUUUCAAACAGAACAUUUUAGAAGAUCUUGAAGAAAAGAGCUGUGAAAUAGAAAGUGUUGUAUCUUCGGCAAAACCCACAAUCCAGAAAAAUAUUGAGGAAGUACGAGACAAGUUGGACGUAAUUGCAAAUGUCGUUAAUACGAAAGACAUUGAAAAUGUGCAUAAGUCAGCAAAAAAUGUUAGAAAAUGGAUCUCAUCCACGUCAGAACCUGUAACAAUUCACCCGACAGUGUUCAAUAAGCUACCGGACUUUUUCCCAGAAUCUAUCGAUAAGAAUGCAAUAGGAACACUUUUUGGAAAACUGUCUAUCAAGAAUGAAACACUGAUCAGUGUAAUAGAGGUAUACACAUCAAAUACGCCUAGUAUUGACCGAGUAACAGUGCACAAAGGGAAUGAGUUAUGGAUUUCAAGUGUAACUACAAAAGUAUUGAGGCGAGUCAGAACGAAUCCUUCAUGUACAGUUAACUUUUUCUAA